ACAAGUUACAAAUAAUAUUGUAGCCAAAAAGUACUUUUUAAAUUUUUUUUAUUUCUUUUAUUUUUUUUUUUGCCCCCUUGAAACUGAAGGACGGUUUGUUUUACUGACCUGUGUUAUGACGUCAUUUCCGGUCUGAGCUGAGCCGACUCCUGGAGCCUUCAGAAGAAGCCUGUGUGUGUAUGGACCAUGGAGUGUCUUUCUGCUGUUAUUGAUGAACUUGAGUGCAAAAAGGAGACGCACACAGAUGAUCCUGAACACAAUGUGUACACCCGCUUUAUGAAGUCCCAUCGCUGUUAUGACCUGGUGCCAACUAGCUCCAAAUUGGUGGUGUUUGACACCUCUCUGCAGGUGAAAAAGGCUUUUUUUGCCCUUGUCUCCAAUGGAGUGAGAGCUGCUCCACUCUGGGACAGCAAAAAGCAGUGCUUUGUUGGAAUGUUGACCAUAACAGACUUUAUCAUCAUACUUCAUCGCUACUACAAGUCACCGAUGGUUCAGAUAUAUGAGCUAGAAGAACACAAAAUAGAGACAUGGAGAGAGGUCUAUCUACAAGAUUCCUUCAAACCUCUUGUUAGUAUAUCACCUAAUGCCAGUCUGUAUGAUGCCGUGUCAUCUCUGCUAAAGCACAAGAUCCACAGGUUGCCAGUAGUCGAUCCUCUGACAGGGAACACGCUGUACAUCCUUACACACAAGAGGAUCCUCAAGUUCCUCAAACUCUUUAUUUCAGAGAUGCCCAAACCAGAUUUCCUGUCAAAGUCUCUAGAAGAACUUAACAUUGGAACAUUCCAGAACAUUGCCAUGGUCCACACCGACACUCCGCUCUACACGGCGUUGGGAAUCUUUGUCGACCAGAGGGUGUCUGCCCUGCCUGUAGUCGAUGAUAAUGGAAGGGUGGUUGACAUAUACUCCAAGUUUGACGUCAUAAACCUGGCUGCGGAAAAGACGUAUAACAACCUGGAUAUUACUGUCACAAAGGCCCUUCAGCAUCGCUCUCAGUACUUUGAGGGAGUUCUCACCUGUAAAGGGCAUGAGACACUGGAGGCCAUCAUCAGCAGACUGGUGGAGGCAGAGGUACACAGAUUAGUGGUAGUAGACGAUCAUGAAGUGGUGAAAGGCAUCGUUUCUCUCUCAGAUAUUCUUCAGGCUCUGGUGCUCACCAAUGGAGACAACGAGUGCAUUUGUACACAAUCAGUGAUAAACCUCAAACUUUCACAUAGGCUCUGACUGAGCGUCGAGAUGAGAGGAAAAGCAGAGCCGAGAGAGAAACAGAGCUAACAACGCACAGAGACGUAAGGCAGGCGGUGGACCUUCAAAAGUUAAUCAUUUAAAAAAAAAAACACAAGGACUCAUCUAAUGUUAGAUUGUAGAAUGAAAAGAAAACAAUGAAACACGUGCAAAACAAGAGCAAUAUACAGGCGUGAAAGGUGCGAAGCACAACUGCAAUCAUAUUAAAGCACACACCAAAAUCCUUUACCUGUGAAACCUGAAGCAGCUGUAAAGCCCACUGAAACGUGCAGCUUUUCGUUUAUUAUUAUUAUUUAUUACACACAGUGUAAUGAAGGGAGGGAUGAAAUAUGAGAGCAAAAUAUCAGGCAGUUUGUAUAUAAAUAGCCUUUUUUUUUUUUUUUUUUACUUUUUCUUUAUUUUUAGUUAAUGUCCUCUUAAGAGUAAUUAUUUAAGAGUAAUUAAUUGGUUUUUUUUUGGGGUGGUGAAAAAUUCCUAAUUUUAGAUUAUAUCCUGAAGAUAAACUACACUGUACAGAGUACAGAUGUUUGAAGCAUACAGACCAAUUUAAAAAUGCUUUACUAUUAGCUACUGACCAGUAGUUUAGUGACCUGGGCUGUUGUGUCCAGCAUCAAGUCCACUGCUUUUGUCCUUUUUUUCCUUUUCUUUUUUUUUCUCUCCAACUCAGCAUCCAGAAAAGCUAGAGGUUUUGCUACUCAACAUGAUUUUAAAUUAAGAGCUAAGAAUUUUAAACCUUAAUUUAAAAUCUGAAGUUAAGUUUGGGUUUUGUGUGCGUGUUUGUUUGACAGUGCAUAUCAUCUAUCUGGUUGGAGUGAAUGCAUCUCUUUUUUUUUUUUUUUGUAGAAUACAGUGCAGCACAUUCAUGCUUUAGGUAUCUUGGUAAGACCAUGAAGGUAAACUUGAAGUCUGGUUGUGUGGCAGAACAGUGGAGUGUCCUAGUUUUUCAUACAAUACAGUUAAAUAGUGGUUUAUCUCUGUUCUCAUAAUUGUUUCAAUAUUCAUUCAUUAGAACUAGAUUUCAUUAUAAAUGCCUUUUUUAAAAAAAACAUUAUUAGAUCUUGAAACCAAGAUCUUUAAUGGUGAGUGUGGAUGAUGGAUCUGUUCAGUAAAUCUCAGCAGCUUUUCCUCAAUGUUUUCAGUCAUGGAUGGCUGCUGUACAAACCAUAGGAAAGGGAAAUGACCAUUCCAUUGGAUUACCAUGUGUUUUUGUUGUUUAUUCUUAAUCAGUGAUUUGUUUUAUUCUUAAUGAGUAAAACAUGUAUACAAAUAUGUAUAUAUAAAUAUUUACAUUUUAUAUUUCACAUGUCGGUUUAUAAUGCAUGAGUGAAAUAAAGAUUUUAUCUUCAA